GCACGCCACCUAGCGGUGAAUAUACGCGGUAAAGAGUAGCAGAUGACGUGAAAGGUUGAGAAGACAGAGAAGAGGAAAGUCUCAGUCACGAUCACACAUCAACAAUAUGUCGUCCAUCGGGCUUCAGCGAUCUUUCCUGGCACUGCGGAUGUCCCCCUUCAUCCAAUGUGUUCGCCUCAUGUCAAGUGCUCCUGUGACAGACUCUGUCAGGUUUGCAUCCAACCUUGAGCUUCGCAGCAUCCGUAGCAAUGAAACACUCUCAAGGUCAAGGCCACUGGUAGUCCUGGUGGGUUGGAUGAUGGCGAAGAAGCGUCAUCUGGAUAAAUAUGGAAAUUUAUAUCUGAGCAAAGGAUUUGACGUACUAAGUGUUCAAGUUCCUCCUAGCAAAGUGAUCCAGCCAAAGAAGGCCCAGAUUGUCAUACAAAAGGUUAUUGAUAUUCUGGAUGACGGCAGCAGACGCGAUAAACCACUCAUGAUCCAUGGGUUCUCUGUUGGGGGAUAUCUCUGUGGUGAGAUGCUGGUCACUCUGAGGGACCAGGCAGCAAGGUACGGAAAUAUUCGAGAUCGACUUAUGGGUCAGAUUUAUGACAGCCCUGUUGAUUUUGAAGGUGUUCCAAGAGGAUUUGCGAAUGUCCUUGGCUUUAACUCUUUUUCUCGAGCAGUCAUAAAGUCAUCAAUUGAGGCAUACCUGAAAUUAUUCAAAGAAAUGAGUACCAAACAUUACAUCAGGUCUUCAGAAGCAUUCCAUGACAAUGAGAUGCGUCUGCCAUCUUUGCUGCUGUACUCGCGAGCUGAUCCUAUUGGUGUCGCAAAGGAAAUCGAGGUCGUGGCAAGGAAGUGGGUCAGUAAGGGAAUCCCUGUCCAUUUAAAAUGCUGGGAGAACUCUCCACAUGUCAGCCAUUUCCACCGACACCCUGACGAAUAUGUCGAAGCCAUCCUGGCGUUCUUAGACGAAAUUAGAAUCUCUUCUCCGGAGAGCCAGGAAAAUGUUGUUCAGGCGAAGAAAGGAAGGAUUCCCUGAAUGUAUUGCCAUAUUUUGUUUAUUUAUUGAUAUCACUUUACAGACAAUCAACAUAUUGUAUAGCAUCAUGAAAAGAGUGGUUGGUCUCCCUUUCAUUACAGGUCUCCAGGGGUGGUGGGGUAGUCUAGUGGUUAAAGCGUUGACUCGUCACGCUGAAGACCCGGGUUCGAAUCCCCACAUGGGUACAAUGAGUGAAGCCCAUUUCUGGUGUCCCCCGCCAUGAUAUUGCUGGAAUAUUGCUUAAAGCCGCGUAAAACCAAAGUCAGUCAAUCAGUCAGUCAUUACAGGUUUCCACUUGGAGACCAUCUGUUUGUUAUUGUGUGUGAAUUGAACAUGUAUUCAGCUAUGUUUAUGAGAGACACAUAGAGUACAUACAAGGAUUAAUGAAGAUGUACUCAGGGGUUGUUUGGCAGUAAGCUCUCGGAAAGAUAUGUCCAAAUUCCAGUAAAAUUGGACAAAAAACAUGCAAAAGGCCUCAAAAUAUGUAUUCUGGUAUAAGGUUUUGGAAAUGUAAGGCAGGCAUUUUGUAUUUUAUGUUUUGGAAUUAGUCUGUUUAUUUUGUCUCUGUACAUUUAUAAUAUGUACAAAUUAUGAAUAGACAAUGCCAUUUCGAAAGUGGUCAAAUGUAACAUGUUAUAUUUGGGAUUACAGCUUCUAAGUAAAGUAACGUUUCUAGUACUUUUUGCAGUGUACAAAUUACUUUUGAGUCUCCCUGCUUAAACAUCCUUUAAGCCUUU